GAGCGUCAGCCUGUGUGUGGGCCAUGUUCUAUUUCCAGCAGAGACUGUGUCUUUCCUGACAUCGGCUCGCGACACAAUGGAGAACCUCCAAGCGAGAUAACAGAGAUCUCUACUGCACAAACAACAACGGACUUGGCCUCUUUAAGGGCUUUAGUAGCUGAGGAAUCGUCGUCACCCAGCCAUGUUGUCCCCCAGGUGGUGGCCGAGGCAGCAACCACACCUCUUCAGCAGAGUCAGGUGUCGUCGUUGCCUGCAGCCUACGGAUACACUUACAGCCCGGACACUGUCGCUUCCGAGUUAUUGACCGCGGACCUUGCUUCCACGCGCUGGCUCGGUCUGCUGGCACACGAUGCAGCCCAGGCCGAUAAGGGAUUUUCGUUAACCUCGACACUAAAUGUACCCUCGAGGGUUUCCGAGCAUGAGGAUCCUGAAGUCACGUCUGAACACUAUGCGUGGCAACUGAAUCACGACAUCCCCCUUCAGAGCCAUGAGGCUUAUCUAUUCAGAACUUUUGUCGAACACGCUGCCUCAUGGCUGGACCUGUGCGAUCCACGAAAACACUUCUCCACCCAUGCUACCAGGCUCGCAUUGCGCAAUCUGGGCCUCAUGAAGGCCAUUCUUGCCUUGGCUUCUCGUCAUGCGAUAGCGAGAACCCAGACUCCAGAGACGGAUGUCAACGUCCCCAUCCAAUAUUAUUAUGAAACCUUGCACUACGUCCAGGAGUCCCUACAGUAUACAACAUACACCCGAUCCGAAGAGCUGCUCGCCACAGUGAUCAUCAUCUCGACCUACGAGAUGCUCGACGACGCAAACAGCAACUGGAAACGGCACCUCAAGGGCGUCUUCUGGAUCCAGCGCUCACAGGAAGUCCACGGAGCCUCUGGCGGUCUUCGGCAGGCCGUGUGGUGGGCCUGGCUGCGUCAAGACCUGUGGGCUGCGUUCCGUGAAAAGCGAGCCUGCUUCAGCUUCUGGAGGCCCAUCAAGGUCGUGUCAGAGCUGAGCCAGGACGAGCUUGCCAACCGGGCUAUCUAUCUCCUGUCACAGGCCGUGAACUACUGCGCAGAGUCUGCAUCUACCUCCAUGGCCAUGAGUGAGAAGGUGCAGGCUUCAGAGACACUCCUGGCGGCACUUGAGCAGUGGCGGGCGUCUCUGGGGCCAGCGUACAGGCCUCUGCCCACUCCGCACCUUGCAAACUCGGCCUUUAGACCACUCUGGAUACACCCUCCCCAGUAUGGCGUUGCCAUACAAGCAUAUCACUUUGCAAAGAUCCUGAUCACUCUCCAUCGCCCGGCUGAGGGGGGGUUUCACACAUAUUUACAGACCCAGCGCGUUCUUUCGGACGCCGUCGACGCCAUCUGCGGCAUCGCUAUGGAGCUGAAGGACGAGGGCUGCCAGAUCCUCUCGGCGCAGUGCCUGUUUGGUGCUGGGCUCUGCACCCAGGAUAUGAAGAACCGCGACAUCAUUAUCGCCUUGAUCAGAAGUUGUGAGGCGCGUACUGGCUGGCCCAUGUCGAAUCUCAUUGAUGACUUGAGGGCAGAAUGGGCCAGCUUCAGUUGA